CCCCAUCUGUCUCCUGUUUACCCCUCCCCUCCCCCCCUGUCUUUUUGCCUUUCUCCCUCUCCCCCUCUUCCCACCUACAUUUACACACAUGCCUCCUCGGCACAUUGCGAAGAAGCCCCGGACGGAGGGCCCCGGGUCGACCGGCCAGCAGCCGGAGGACGAGCGCCUCCUCCGUCGGAUGAUGGCCUUCGACCAGGGGUCCAACUCCGAGCUGUCUUCCUCGGAUGACGAUGACAACGCCCCCGAGGAGCGUGCUCCUGGCCCGGACAGCCGCCAUGGCCAUCUGGACACCUCGAGCGAGUACGACUCUGACGACUCUGACGACGACAGCGAGUCGGAAUACGAGUCCGGCGAUGAGUUCGAUGUGGCCGCCGCCUCCAUUGACGAGAAGAUUGCCUCGCUCCAGCGGGAUCUCUCGGACAUCCCCCUGUCGGAGCUGAUGGAGCUGCGUCGGACGGCAGGUGCGAAGGCCGUUUCGCGGCUGCGCAUCGCCUCCCAAGGCGGCGAGGCGUCCCUUUCGCGUGGGCAGGCCGACUCCGACGUUCCGGCCGGCAAGCGCAAGAAGAGCCAACCCCAGGUCCAGUCUUCUCGUGUGCGGGUCAGCGUGCUGCGACAGGUGGUCGAGUCACAGCGCCCGAAGGCGCGCGAUCCGCGCUUCGAGCGCACUGCCGGCAAGUACAACGAGGAUCUCUUCAAGAAGGCGUACGGCUUCAUCACGGAUCAGCGCCAGCAGGAGAUCGACAAGCUGCGCGCCAGCAUCAACCGCGAGAAGAAUGAGGGCCGUCGCGAGGGUCUGAAGAUGUCCCUGCAGAGGCUCACCCAAAUCCAGAAACGCAUCAAGGACGACGACAAGAAGCAGGCUGUCCGGUCGGAGCGUCUUUCCAAGGAGCGCGAGCUGGUCCGCCAGGGCAAGAAGCCCUACUUCCUCAAGAAGAGCGACGAGCGCAAGAUCGCCACCGCCGCGCGCUUCAAGGCCCUUUCGGAGUCCGGCGGCGCGGGCGCCGUCCAGAAGGUCCUCGAGCGCCGUCGCCAGAAGCAGGCCGCCAAGGACCGGCGCUUCCUGCCACACGUUCGUCGGAGCGCCGCCCAGCAGGACGACGACUGAGAGCGGCGUCUGGCGCUGGGGACUGCACCUGGUCUGCCUACCGAGCAUCGAUUCCACCACUAGACACACGAAAGAGAAA